AUGGCUGCGUUCCUGACUGGCACAUUGUUCAAACAAAGCAUAGCGGUUGUUUCUAUCGCUCUUCAACUCACCGAGUCUUGUAUCAAGCUUUACAAGUUCUGGGAGUCUAUCGAAGAUGGUCCACAAGAGAUAGCAGCUAUCAGAGAAGAUUUACAGUACCUGAUAUCGAUCUUCAGGGAAAUCGAAUCCAACAACGGCCAUGUGGGCGACUGUAUACUAGAAGGGAUCCAGUAUUGUCGCAUCAGAAUCGUGUCUCAAACGCAGAAGAACACGUUCUCGACAGGCAAGCACCUACUCGGACUUCCGCAGGAUCAAGCCCGCGUGCCGAACUCAGAACAGCAUUACCUCAGGUACCUGCCAGAGACCGCGCACAAAGCUACCGAUGACGCGCUCACCAGUUUCGAGCGAUGCUUUCCCCCAAAGACGCUGGCUACCCAGCAGAUGAAGGAGCUCUUCCUCCAUGCGAUCGGACAAACUACAAUUGCCACCUUUGAGUCAGACUCCCUGGAAAUAUUUGCACAAGACACGUACAUGGUCGACGACAGUGGAGCAAUACGAUCUAGGACAUAUGUGUAUUCUGAGAGCCUGCGCUUCCGCGUUCGUCAUCGUGCGCUGAAAUUCAGUACCAUACUCGGGUGCGUGUGGAUACGUACGACUAUCAUAAGUGUCCCAGAUGGCUCCGGCGAUGCGCAGCAAAGAUUGCAAUGUAUCACUUCAUUUAGCUUCUAUCCAUCGAGAUGGUUACAGCUGAUAGGUAUAGCGAAGGGCCUGGAAGUCAUCAUGGCUUCUACGGCGAGGAGCUGGGUGUUCAACUGCAAAUUGACGAUAACUCACGCUGUGCCUGAAGACUCUCUGAUCUUCGACCUUUGUCGAAGUGGUCAGACGCGGGCUGUAGAGAUACUCUUCAGUAAAGGCUUGGCGAGUGUGAUGGAUACGAGUCCAAAGGGAUGGAAGCCUUUGCAUUUCGCUGCAGCCAGUGGCCAUGUAGAUUUGUGUGCCUUGCUGAUCAAAGCUGGCGCAGACAAGACAGCGCUCGUGUACGAAGGACCUUCCUCGUCCAUACGAAUCUCCAUGCUGCGGCUCUUCUCCGACUGUAUCGACAUAUCAGACUCUACUAGUGAUGGGUGGACAGUUCACGAAUGGUUGAAGAGAACCUUUGCUCGGGAGAGGGUUCCAAUCUCACAAAACAGUGUCACAUGGCUCUUGGGCGCAACUGCUAACGAACAGUAUGUCGACCUUACACCCCGCAUUGCAUGGAUUGGUCUGCAGCAUGCUGUAAGAAGUGUGAUCUGCCAUGCACAACACAGUCGCAUUCUGCAGCGAAUCCUGGAUCUCUCGGAUUCCGACCAUAACGCACUCAAUCAGCAGCAUUUCAAUUCGAUUAGCUCACUACUGGCGCUGAAAGUCAGCGGGCAAGUCUUGCUACCAAUGGCCUUGACUGCAGGGUCUUUUCUUCGGAUACGAGGCUUCGAUUGGGCCCAUGAUUAUAUGACGCACAAGCAGUACAUGCAAGCUCUCCCAAGCAUCUAUUCAGCUUGGUGCUAUGCAGUGCUGGAUUGCGUAGAGACGUUGGAAAGAUCGAUGGACAUGGAAUUCGAGAAGUGUUUGCAGCAACUUGGCUGGAACCGACAGCAUUUCCUCGACGCGAUGUCGCAUACCCACACGGACACGAGAAAGAUCACGGAAAGUCCCGAGGACUCUGCAUGUAUUCGAUGUUGUAGUGACUACAGAGCUUUUCCAGAAGGUCUUGUCGCACCCCACUGGAUUGCCGUUUCCGAAUGCGUGCGGACACAACACGCAAUGGACUGCAUCUGUCAGGAGGCCUCUGAACACACCUCCUCGUCAACUCAUGCUGUACUUCGAGAUUACUAUGAUCGGAAGUAUAUCGGUAGUGACGAUGCAGAAGAUUCGGACAACGAAGACUCAUUCUACGAUGCAGCACCAUACGCCUUUGAUGAGUCCUUCCUGGCGAGCGUAAAUCCGUCGAUCACUUUCUUCAAUAUAGCGACCCUUCUUUACCGUGCGCAAGGAAGAGCCUGGAUGGGAAAAUAUGCUGUCAAUGACCGUCUGUGUGCUACGUGCUUUCUCCAGCAGGAGAACUAUAUUGACCACGAUGGCUUGAUCGCAGAUUUUCCGCCUGUACCAGAUCAUUUCACACGCAUCGAAUCACAUCAGUAG